AUGUCACCUAGUUUGAUUUUGACUGCAAAGAAAUCCAAAGUAAGUGAUAUUCCUCUGGUGUCAAGUGCAAAUGCAUCUUCAACCUUUGUGCAAACUUCGACAGGGUCAGCAACAAAAAUAGAUGUUAGCUCCAUGAUGACAGUUAUGCAAAACAUGUCCACAAACGAAAAGAGUUACAGGUGUUCUUUUUGUGGCGAAGAAAUCAAAACGCAAAGUAGUAUGAAGCGACAUAUAGAGACAAAACAUCUGCCGAGUCCUGAUUUCAAGUGUCUGAAUUGUGAUUACAGUUGCAAACAGAAAAAUAAUUUGAAGCGACACUACAUGACCAAACAUGGCAUGCCGGAACCGGCUGCACAGGGAAUGAUGCUUGCUCUUUGA